AUGGUGGAGAUAAAUGAACUAGCCAUAGAGCCUAGGGCGUUUAAAGAAGAUGCACUAGAAAAGGCAUUGGCGUUGUUUAAUCACUUAGAACUUGAAGAAGAGGUUGAGGAGAUAUUGCACAUUCUGGAUGCAUCGUGUGAAUACAUAAGAGAAAGAACCCAAUUUGAUCCUCUGGAUAGGCCAAUCGGCCCGCCUCCUAAACCUUUACCAUCUCAUCUUCAUUAUGCAUAUUUAGGAAAUUCUAACACUUUACAUGUGAUUGCUUCUUCUCAUUUGUCUGAAUUGCAGGAAGAAAAGCUCUUAAGGGUGUUGAGGGAGCACAAACAUACCAUUGGUUGGAUGGUGUCUGACAUAAAAGGUAUUAGCCAUGCAUUCUGCAUGCACAAAAUACUCAUGGAGGAGGGACACAAGCCUAGUGUGGAGCAUCAACGCCGCCUCAAUCCAAUCAUGAAUGAGGUGGUAAGAAAAGAAGUAAUUAAAUGGCUCGAUGCAGGUAUAGUAUUUUCUAUCUCCGGUAGCAGGUGUGAGGAGACUAAUCUGGUACUGAAUUGGAAAAAGUGCCAUUUUAUGGUAUGCGAAGGUAUAGGGCUGGGACACAAGGUGUCCAAAGAUGGACUGGAAGUUGACAAGGCUAAGGUGGAAGCAAUUGAAAAGUUUCCACCACCGAUUUCAGUGAAAGGAGCUAGGAGUUUUCUGGGACAUGCAGGUUUUUAUCGCCGAUUUAUAAAGGAUUUCUCAAAAAUUUUCUCUCCUUUGUGCAGGUUGUUAGAGAAGGAUGUGUCGUUCAAGUUUGACGAUACUUGUCUAAAAGCAUUCGAGGAGCUGAAAAAGAAGUUAGUGAGUGCACCAAUCAAAGUGGCUUCUGACUGGAACGAGCCAUUUAAACUAAUGCGUGACGCUAGUGAUGGUGCAAUUAGGGCCGAAUUUGACUUGGAGAUCCGAGACCGUAAAGGAUCAGAGAAUCAAGUGGCUGAUCACUUGUCUAGGUUAGAAAUUCGGAAUCAUGUAGAUGAGAGAGAUGUCAUCAAGGAAACAUUCCCGGAUGAGCAAUUGUUGGCCAUUACUGCUGGGGAGGUGCCAUGGUAUGCAGAUUUUAUGAACUAUCUGGGAAGUGGUGAGAUGCCGCCUGAUCUUGAACCUUAUGCUAAAAAGAAGUUCUUGCGAGAUGUGAGGUCAUAUGUGUGGGAUGAGCCAUUCCUGUUAGAAAUUCGGAAUCAUGUAGAUGAGAGAGAUGUCAUCAAGGAAACAUUCCCGGAUGAGCAAUUGUUGGCCAUUACUGCUGGGGAGGUGCCAUGGUAUGCAGAUUUUAUGAACUAUCUGGGAAGUGGUGAGAUGCCGCCUGAUCUUGAACCUUAUGCUAAAAAGAAGUUCUUGCGAGAUGUGAGGUUAGAAAUUCGGAAUCAUGUAGAUGAGAGAGAUGUCAUCAAGGAAACAUUCCCGGAUGAGCAAUUGUUGGCCAUUACUGCUGGGGAGGUGCCAUGGUAUGCAGAUUUUAUGAACUAUCUGGGAAGUGGUGAGAUGCCGCCUGAUCUUGAACCUUAUGCUAAAAAGAAGUUCUUGCGAGAUGUGAGGUCAUAUGUGUGGGAUGAGCCAUUCCUGUUCAAAUCUUGUAUUGAUCAGCUAAUGAUAAGAUGUGUGCCUGAAUCUGAAAUAAAUGUUAUCUUACAUGAAUGUCAUGCAUCGCCCUACGGUAGUCAUCAUGCGGGUGACAAAACAACAGCGAAGGUAUUGCAAUCGGGUUUUUAUUGGCCUAAGGUGUUUAAAGACCCCCAUGAGUUCGUGAGAAUAUGUGAUAGGUGCCAGAGAACAGGAACAAUUACGAAAAGGCAUGAGAUGCCAUUGCACGGUAUUAUGGAGGUUGAAAUUUUUGAUGUUUGGGAAAUUGAUUUUAUGGGUCAGUUUCCCUCGUCCAGUGGGUGUAAGUACAUUUUGGUGGCCGUUGAUUAUGUGUCGAAAUGGGUGGAGGCCAUAGCUCUUCCUACCAAUGAUGCCAAUGUUGUGAUUAAAUUUGUGAAAAAGCAUAUAUUUACAAGGUUCGGCACUCCGAGAGUGAUGAUAAGUGAUUGGGGCACCCAUUUCUGUAACAAGAUCUUGGACAAUGUCUUAGCGCAAUAUGGGGUCAAACAUAAAAUUGCAACAGCUUACUAUCCUCAGACUAGUGGGCAAGUUGAAGUCUCAAAUAGAAAGAUAAAGCAGAUCCUGGAGAAGACGGUUAGUGCAAGUAGGAAAGAUUGGGUUGCAAAGCUUGAUGAUUCUCUAUGGGCAUACCGGACCGCCUACAAAACUCCAAUAGGAACCUCCCCUUACAAGUUGAUUUAUGGGAAAGCAUGCCAUUUACCAGUGGAACUUGAGCACAAGGCUUAUUGGGAAAUAAAGAAGUUAAACUUUGAUGCAGACUUAGCGGUAAAAAGCGGGAAGCUCAAAUCGAGAUGGUCGGAUCCGUUUGAGGUAGUAAGAGUCUCUCCACAUGGUGCAAUUGAGAUGCACAUCUUAGGUGGCGAGAGAACGUUCUUAGUGAACGGACAAAGAGUAAAGCACUAUUAUGGAGGUGACUUUGAUUGUCAGAAGUCGAAGGUGUUACUUGCCAAUGAUUAG